AUGCUGCUUGGCUACGGGACCAUGAACGAGGUAUCUUGGGCUUGUCUUCCUAUUCAAAGCCUGAUCCAGGAGCCAGCAGCAUCGGCAGCACCGGGGAACUUGGCAGAAGUGUUGACUCUCCAGCCUCACCCUGGCCUCCUGAAUCAAAGCAUGCAGUAUAACAAGACCCCUGGGGCUCUCGUGCACACUGAACCAGCUGCCAAAGGGACUGGCGCCAAGGGACUGGUGCUGGGUAGCUCUCAAAUCUCUCCAGCUUCUUCCAUCGAUGAGUCAGGGCUCCACGAAGUGUUGAGGCCUCUCUCCUCCGACGGCGGCGUCUGUCCUGCCUUCUCAAGGGCUCUGAAGGUGAAAGGCCCUGGAGGCUUCCUGCCUCUCUCCUCCGACGGCGGCGUCUGUCCUGCCUCCUUGCGUCAGCUCUGCCUUAUAAAUGGAGUGCAUUCUAUAAAAACCAGGACGCCUUCAGAGCUGGAGUGCAGCCAGACCAACGGAGCCCUGUGUUUUAUUAAUCCUCUUUUCUUGAAAGUGCACAGCCAGGACCUCAGUGGCGGCCUGAAACGGCCGGGCACAAGGACUCCCAACGCGAAUGGCACCGAGAGGCCUCGGUCCCCCCCACCCAGGCCCCCGCCACCCGCUAUUAAUAGUCUCCACACAAGCCCUCGGCUGUCCAGCACUGAAACCCAGACGAGCAUGCCAGAAACAGUCAACCAUAACAAACAUGGGAACGUAGCUCUGCCUGGAACGAAACCAACUCCCAUCCCUCCACCCCGGCUGAAGAAGCAGGCUUCUUUUCUCGAGGCGGAAGGCAGCGCAAAGACCUUGACCGGCGGCCGGCCCGGCCCAGGCGCGGAGCUGGAGCUGGGGCUGGGCACAGCUGGCAGCCCAGGUGGAGCCCCGCCUGCCGAGGCCUCGGGGGAUUGCACAAGGGCCCAGCCUCUCAGCUCUGAAUCACGGCCCCCGUGCCAUGGAGGCAGGCAGAGGCUGAGCGACAUGAGCGUUUCCACUUCCUCCUCCGACUCGCUGGAGUUCGACCGGAGCAUGCCUCUGUUUGGCUACGAGGCGGACACCAACAGCAGCCUGGAGGACUACGAGGGGGAGAGCGACCAGGAGACCAUGGCCCCCCCUAUCAAGUCCAAAAAGAAAAGGAACGGCUCUUUCGUGCUGCCCAAGCUCGUCAAGUCCCAGCUGCAGAAGAUGAGCGGGGUGUUCAGCUCCUUCAUGACCCCCGAGAAGCGCAUGGUCCGCAGGAUCGCGGAGCUGUCCCGGGAUAAGUGCACCUACUUCGGCUGCCUGGUGCAGGACUACGUGAGCUUCCUGCAGGAGAACAAGGAGUGCCACGUGUCCAGCACCGACAUGCUGCAGACCAUUCGGCAGUUCAUGACCCAGGUCAAGAACUAUUUGUCUCAGAGCUCCGAGCUGGACCCCCCCAUCGAGUCGAUGAUCCCUGAAGACCAAAUAGAUGUGGUGUUGGAAAAAGCCAUGCACAAAUGCAUCCUGAAGCCCCUGAAGGGGCACGUGGAGGCCAUGUUGAAGGACUUCCAUAUGGCCGAUGGCUCCUGGAAACAGCUCAAGGAGAACCUGCAGCUCGUGCGGCAGAGGAAUCCACAGGAGCUGGGGGUCUUCGCUCCGACCCCUGAUUUUGUGGACGUGGAGAAGAUCAAAGUCAAGUUCAUGACCAUGCAGAAGAUGUAUUCACCGGAAAAGAAAGUCAUGCUGCUGCUGAGGGUCUGCAAACUCAUUUAUACGGUCAUGGAGAACAACUCAGGGAGAAUGUAUGGCGCCGACGACUUCUUGCCCGUUCUCACCUAUGUCAUAGCUCAGUGCGACAUGCUUGAAUUGGACACCGAAAUCGAGUACAUGAUGGAGCUCCUGGACCCAUCACUGUUACAUGGGGAAGGAGGCUAUUACCUGACAAGCGCCUACGGAGCACUUUCUCUGAUCAAGAAUUUCCAGGAAGAACAAGCGGCUCGGCUGCUCAGCUCAGAGACCAGAGACACCCUGAGGCAAUGGCACAAACGGAGAACCACCAACCGGACCAUCCCUUCCGUGGAUGACUUUCAGAAUUACCUCCGAGUUGCAUUCCAGGAAGUCAACAGUGGCUGCACAGGCAAGACCCUCCUCGUGAGACCCUACAUCACCACCGAGGACGUGUGCCAGCUCUGUGCCGAGAAGUUCAAGGUGGGGGACCCUGAGGAGUACAGCCUCUUUCUCUUCGUUGAUGAGACGUGGCAGCAGCUGGCAGAGGACACUUAUCCUCAGAAAAUCAAGGCCGAGCUGCACAGCCGACCCCAGCCCCACAUCUUCCACUUUGUCUACAAGCGCAUCAAGAAUGAUCCUUACGGUGUCAUUUUCCACAAUGGGGAAGAAGACCUCACUCCCUCAUAG